GCAACGAUGCUACCCAACUGGGACGAUACAGGAGAUAUCCCAGUGGAGACACUCGCACGAUUCGAGAAGGAUGUGAAGCGGACCGACACCGGGUUCCUGGCCAUAGCAACAGAGGUGGAGAAUGACGGAGAGAAAGCCUCGGAAACUCCAGAAAAAAUCAAGGAAAUACUGAAGGAGUUCCAAGACAUUCUUCCUGACGAUCUUCCGAACGAGCUACCGCCAUACCGAACGCAUCAACACGAGAUCGUGGAGGAACCGGGUUCGAAGCCGACCUUCCGAGCACCAUACCGGCUCAGCCCUACGGAGCUGACCGACAUGAAGAAGCAGAUCGAGUAUCUCCUAGCCAAAGGACUCAUCCGACCAUCUACUUCGCCAUACGGUGCCCCAGUACUCUUCACACCGAAACCGGACGGAAGCCUGCGCAUGUGCAUCGACUACCGAGCUCUUAACAAGCAGACCAUCAAGAAUAAAUAUCCGAUACCGCAAAUCGAUGACCUGCUUGACCAGCUUCGGGGAGCUACGGUAUUUUCCAAACUGGAUCUGCGGUCCGGAUACUGGCAGAUACGGAUGGGGGACAACUCUAUCCACAAAACUGCUUUUCGAACUCGGUACGGAUCGUACGAGUAUUUGGUCAUGCCGUUCGGACUCACCAACGCGCCGGCAACGUUCCAAGCCGAAAUGAACCACAUUCUACGACCACUUCUAGACGAAUGCGUGGUGGUGUACCUGGACGACAUACUCAUCUACUCGCGCGACAUGAAGCAGCACGUCGAACACCUGCGACGCGUCUUCGAAAUUCUUCAACGAGAACGAUUCUACGUCAAACUGUCCAAGAGCGAAUUCGCCCUGGAGAAACUCCAAUUUCUAGGACACUUGGUGAGCGCUCAAGGAGUUCACGUCGACCCCAAGAAAUUCGAAGCCGUACGUACGUGGAAGACACUCGAGAACGUGAAGGAGUUGCAGCAGUUUCUAGGCUUCGCUAAUUACUACAACAGGUUCGUGCCACAGUAUGCGAAACUCGCGACACCACUCACGAAUCUGCUGAAGAAGAACAUGCCCUACAAAUGGGAGACGAAGCACCAGGAAGCCGUGGAGCAGCUGAAACAAGCACUAACGUCCGCACCGGUGCUCAUCUUGCCAGAUCCCGAACGUGACUACGUCAUUGAAGCAGACGCCAGUGAUCAGGCCGUGGGUGCAGUCUUGAUGCAAGACCAGGGGAAUGGACUGCAACCAAUUGCCUACCUCAGCAAGAAACUGCACGGGGCAGAACUCAACUACCCGAUACACGACAAAGAGGCUCUUGCUAUCAUCAUCGCCUUCAAAGCGUGGAGAUGCUAUCUCGAAAGACGAAGAACGACCGUCUACACCGACCACUGCAGCCUGAAAUAUUUGAAGAAACAACCCAACCUUUCCAGGCGGCAGGUCCGGUGGAUCGACUUCCUCGAGACACACUUCCACUACGACAUCGUGUACAAGCCCGGCCACAAGAACAAAGCAGACGCUCUCAGCCGGCCUGCACACGUUGCCGCGAUUCAGGUCGAAGGGAUGAAUCCACUACUCAAGGGACUCUUCACCCACGGGUACGCCAUCGACCCCGAAAUUUCCUUGGCAGAAAAGCGACAUCUGCUACAGUGGGACAGUGACAUCGCGUACCGGAAAGGAUCAACAAAAAUCUGGGUACCCAAUUACCCUCCUUUGCGCCAGUUACUACUCGAAGAAUACCACGACGUCCUGUACGCCGGACACUUCGGUAGCAACAAGACGCUCACCGGUAUUGCCAAACACUACUACUGGCCCCAUAUGGCAGACGACGUCCUGAAAUUCGUCACCUCGUGUGAUACAUGUCAGCGGAUGAAGAGCAGCAAGCAGAAAAAGGCGGGACUACUACAGCCUCUUCCUGUCCCAGAACAACCAUGGCAAGUGGUUAGCCUGGACUUCAUUACCGGGUUACCACCUACCUCCAGCGGUCAUGACGCCAUCCUUGUCGUCAUUCACAAGUUCUCCAAAAUGGGACACUUCAUCCCGACACACACGACGGCAUGCACCGAGGAGACAGCACAGCUCUUCGUUCGUCACAUCAUCUCACAGCAUGGCAUCCCAACUACACUCAUCUCCGACCGAGACCCCAAGUUCACUAGCAAGUUCUGGAAGGAACUUAUGUCUCUGCUCGGCACCAAACGCGCCAUGUCAUCCGCAUACCAUCCGCAGACAGACGGACAGACCGAGCGCCUCAACCAAAUUGUUGAGCAACUCCUCCGAGCAGCCUGCAAGGACGACAUCUCCAAAUGGGACUUGCACCUGCCCGUACUCGAGUUUGCUUACAACAAUGCCACACAUGCCGCUACUGGACAGACGCCGUUCUUCCUCUGCUACGGACGCCACCCAAUCACACCACAAAAACCGACAGCAUCACCUACAGUCCAACCCGCACAUGAUUUCAUUACAACCAUGCAUCAACUUUGGGAUCGGACCCAUAAGCGCCUCCUUGACAUUCAACAGCAACAGAAGCGCCAGGCCGAUCGCCAUCGCAACGACCACACCAUUUCCGUGGGAGACCAGGUGCUCCUCGACACCCGCAACCUGGACAUCAGCCAUCUCCCAUCUAAACUUCGACCUCGCUUCUGCGGGCCUUUCCUCGUUGAAGCACAGGUCACUCCUGUUACCUUCCGCUUACGCCUGCCAGCUACCUGGAAGAUUCACAACGCCUUCCACGUCCAACUUCUGAAGCCCUAUCGGGACCCGAACACAAUUUUCGUCGGACGCCAACCGCCGCCGCCACCGCCCGUCCUCGUCCAGAAUGAACCCGAGUACGAGGUCGAGUCCGUGCUCGCACACCGCCGUCGUCGGAAUGGCACCGUGGAGCUUCUUAUCCGUUGGAAGGGUUAUGAUCCUUCUGAGGACAGCUGGGUACCUGAGUCCGACAUGGGUAACGCCCGUCGUCCUCUGCAUGACUACCUUAAGUUGGUGAAGGAUGGGAGCCUGAAGGGCUUGGAGGUGAAAGGGGAAGUGAAGGAGAUUGGGAGCUGCCCUACAUGCUUGGAGACCAAGUUCUCCAAGUUCCCCUUCAACAAUGAGGUGCAGCAGCCUUCAAGACAGGUGGAGGUUGCAGUGUCAGAGGAGGAGAUGUCUGGGGUGACUGAGGAAGGGGGAGCAGCUGAAGUGGAGCAGCAGCAGCAGCAGCAUGAGUCUCCACCUCGAGUUCCACACCCGCCUGAGCAUUCUUGAACUUUGAUUGAACUCUUGAGAUUGAGUU